AUGCGGCUUCUCAACACCAAAACUCUCCAGAUCGAGCAAUUCACCAACCAUGGUGGCUACAACACCCUCCUAAAAAAGGGCAGUGAUCUCACUGCCAAACGCGCAACUCCUCGCUAUGCCAUCCUUUCUCACACAUGGGGCGAGGGUGAAAUCACCUUCCAGGACAUGCAGGCCAAAGACCGCUCCGCAGCUAUGAAGAAACGCGGGUGGAAGAAGCUCGAAGACAGCUGCAAGCGGGCGGCAAGAGACGGCUUCCAGUAUAUCUGGGACGAUACUUGUUGCAUUGACAAGACUAACUCUUCAGAGUUGGCUGAAGCUAUCAACUCCAUGUUUCAGUGGUACAAAGAAUCAGCCCUUUGUUACGUGUUCUUGGAAGAUUGUCAAGGUCCUUUGCCUUAUAGAACUGGUUCAUCGUCCUCUGCUGUGCCCCGGUGGUAUACCAGAGGAUGGACGCUGCAGGAGCUUAUUGCCCCGAAAGUGGUCCAUUUCUAUUCUAAGUCAUGGCAGUUUCUUGGUACCAAAGAUGAUCAUUUAGCUGAGCUCUCGCGCGUGACGGGCAUUGAUACUUAUGCUCUUGGAGGUGGCGAUUUGUCACGCAUCAGUGUUGCGCGACGCAUGAGCUGGGUUGCCAACCGUCAGACAACUGUGGCAGAGGACAUGGCCUAUAGUCUGCUAGGUAUCUUCAACCUUACUAUGCCUAUGCUUUAUGGUGAAGGACCGAAGGCAUUCGUACGCUUGCAGAAGGAGAUCAUGAAGGGGACAGACGACCAGUCACUAUUCGUGUGGACCGAAGAAGGCCUGAAAGGCCAAUAUCGGACUGCUCAAGAGGGAGGCGGAUUGUUCGCACUCUCUCCGGCUUUCUUCAAAGGUGCU